GGCCAGCUCUCAAAGUCUUUUUCGUCCUUUUAUUUAUGUAGUUUUUUCUUUUGGCUUUUAAGAUCAGCAGGGGAUUGCCAAAGGCUAAUCACCUUUUUAUUUCUCAGUUCUUAAUCCAUGGAGGCCACUCAGUGGGAACAGGGAAUUGGGGUAACUAAGCCCAUGGCCAUAGGAGAAUACUCAAGAUCUUCAGCUAGGGUUCAAAAAGGUGAAGCUAAUUUGAACUGUCCAAGGUGCAAUUCAACAAACACCAAGUUUUGUUAUUAUAACAACUACAGCCUUUCUCAGCCAAGAUACUUCUGUAAGACUUGUAGAAGGUAUUGGACCCAUGGUGGUUCCUUAAGGAACGUUCCCGUUGGUGGUGGUUCAAGGAAGAACAAGACAUCAUCAUCAAAGAAGCUUGAUGAUGAUCAUUUGACUCAUCAAAACCCUAAGAUCCAUGAAGGUGAUCAUCAUCAAGUCAUUAACCUAGCGUAUCCACCAGUAGUACCGGCUCAGGCUUACAAUAGCUCGCAAAGGUUGCCCUUUAUGCCGGAGAUUGGUGGUGCCAGCACCGGAAUAUACUCAAGUGGGUUCCCAGUUCUAGACCCCGGUCUAAAAUUUUCUAGUGAUGGAUUUGGAACUGGUUAUGAUGAGAAUCAUCAAGGGGUAGAAGAAAAUGGUGAAAGGCUUUUGCUUCCUGUAAAGGAGGAAUCGAAGCAGGUUCCAGUGAACACUAUGAACGAAUUGGAUGAGGACAAAGAACAGGGAGAAUCUACUGGACAUUGUUGAAAUGAAAACAGCCUACGUUAAUAUUAACAUGGUUAAAGAGGAAGAAGUAGGGUUUUCUUUUUCUUACAAGAUCAGUGACACUACUGACAACCUAGUUUGAUGUUUGAGUUAGGGCCCGGACUUGUAUUCAGAUAAUCUCUCAAUAAUAACUCUCAAAUUUGAACCA